AUGGACGCGAGAUGUGCUCUUUGUGAUCAUUUCCUUUAUUCUUUCUUUCUUUGGAAUUUCAUUUCUUUAUUAUUUUUUGUCACCGUUUCUGGCUCCUUUUUUUCACUAUAUUUCUUCUCUUUGCCUUUCUUCUCCUUUUCCUUGGAUAUGAACUCGUUUUUCUCUUUUCUUCCCUUAUGUCUUAUUCUGUUUUUCUUUCAUAUCUCUACCUUUCUUUUUUCUUUCUUUCUUUCUUUCUUUCUUUCUUUCUUUCUUUCUUGUUCUCUUUUUUGUUUUUGCUUUUCUUUUUCCUCUCUGCUUCCUUUUCUCAUUUCUCUAUUUACUCUUUAUUUUUCUCUUCUUUUUUUUACUCCUGAUUUAUCUUUCCUUCUUUCUGUCUCCUUCCUUCUUUCUUUGUUUCUUUCUUUUUGCUUCUUUUUCUUUCUUUCUCUUUCCUUUUUCAUUCUAUUUCCUUCUUUGAUCCUCUUUUCUUUCUUUCUUUCUCUUUCCUUCUUUCUUUCUCAUUCCUUCUUUCAUUCUCCUUCCUUCUUUUGUUCUCUUUCCUUCUUUCUUUCUCCUUCCUUCUUUCUUUGUUUCUUUCCUUUUUGCUUCUUUUGUUCUCUUUCCAUCUUUCUUUUUCUUUCCUUCUUUCUACCUCUUUCCUUCUUUCGUUCUCUUUCGCUCUUUCUCUUUCCUUCUGUCUCUUUCCUUCUUUCUUUCUCUUUCCUUCUUUCGUUCUCUUUCUUUCUUUCUAUCUCUUUCCUUCUAUUAUUAUUGUUACUUCUCCUUUUGUUAUUCCUUUCCUUCUCGUUGUUUCUCUCUUCUCUGUCACCUCUCUGGGUGCAUUUUUCUUCGUUCUUCUCCAAGUUUCUAUUCUGCACUUUUUCUCCUUAUUUUUUGCCAUUCCAUGUUACCCGCACUUUCUUUCUUAUUUCUGUUCAUUCGUGA